AUGAGAAAUUACCGACCACAGCAAAUAUACUAUCAACAGCCUCAGCCCAUAUACAUACAGCAAGCUCCACCUCCUCGGGAUGACGGAUGCUGCAAUACGUGUUUAAAGGCUUUGUGCUGCUGCUUCCUUUUCGAACUAUGCUGCUGCGAUAUGUUCUAG